AUGAGCGAGUUGAGUAACGAAAUAGUGGUGGUUGACAAAGAGACAAUCGAUGUAUGUGAUCCCCAUGGUUAUUACGGUAACCAUGGUAGGCAGGAGCCCAAUUUCAAAAGUCCCUCGAAGCGAUCCUUCCUCAAUGAAUGCAUAAGGCAGAUAUACAUAUUGCAUGGCAGUGAUAUGUCCACGAUGACCAUACCAGUAGAAUUUAAUCGUUGUCUUAUAUGGAACACCUUAAACGCCUUGAUGGUGCCCCAGAGAAUGUCUCCUUAUCAAGCCUCCGUACAAAGAGUUAGACGUCGCCUAUUCCGGGAUGCCAAACAGAAGAGGCGUAAAACCAAAAGGCCCACGCAUAAUAAUAUAACUGAAACUGAAUGCUACCACUACAAGCCCUUUCGUCAUCAAAUAGGCCUUAGAAAAAUACCUCGCUCCUAUUUGGAAGAGGCCUGCCGCCAAAUCUAUGCCGAACGCAGUCAGAAUUUGAAACGAAAGCACGAGAAUAUAGAGCCCUUACAUUUAGCCACCAAAGAAGGUGUUUUCCAGGUUUCACAACAGGUCAUCAACAAAGUGUGUCGUUAUCAUGGCAAUAUGGCACGUCCACAACCAUCGCGAGAACGUUCCAUGGAGGAGCAAAUAAAACGUGAACGCAACACCGAGGCAUGUCGUCUGAGUCGUCGGGCCAAAAAACUAGAGGAAGUAUUGGUCGAGCAGCAGUACCGUGAACGUUUGCAGGCCAAUGAAAAAGUUCUAGAGGCCUCGAUUCGUUCCAUUUUGUAUAUGAAGGCUUUAAUGGGUCUCAUGGUGAAUGGAAGCCUGCCACAAGAUGAACGUAAUCUUUAUAUAUGA